GGAUCAAGCAUCCCUGAGUUUCAGAUAGAAACUUAGAAAACCUGCAAAGAACCACCAGAAAUGGGGACCUGGAUUUUGUUUGCCUGCCUCUUGGGAGCAGCCUUCGCUAUGCCUCUACCACCUCAUCCUGGGCACCCUGGUUAUAUCAACUUCAGCUAUGAGGUGCUCACCCCUUUGAAGUGGUACCAGAGCAUGAUAAGGCAGCCGUAUCCUUCCUAUGGUUACGAACCCAUGGGUGGAUGGCUGCACCACCAAAUCAUCCCUGUGCUGUCUCAACAGCAUCCCCCGACUCACACCACCCUUCAGCCUCAUCACCACAUCCCAGUGGGGCCAGCUCAGCAGCCCGUGGUCCCCCAGCAACCACUGAUGCCAGUUCCUGGCCACCACUCCAUGACUCCAAACCAACACCACCAGCCUAACCUCCCACCAACUGCCCAGCAGCCCUUCCAGCAACCUUUCCAGCCCCAACCUGUUCAGCCAUCGCACCACCAGCCCAUUCAGCCUAUCCAGCCCAUCCAGCCCAUGCAGCCCCAGUCACCUCUGCACCCCAUGCAGCCCCUGCCCCCACAGCAAGCUCUGCCUCCAAUGUUCUCCAUGCAGCCCCUGUCCCCCCUUAUUCCUGAUCUGCCUCUGGAAGCUUGGCCAGCAACAGACAAGACCAAGCGGGAAGAAGUGGAUUAAAAAUCAGAAAAUGAGAGAACUGAAGUAGAUAUUUCAGUUGCUUUUAGGAAUGACACAAGAACACAAUGAUUUGUGCCUGCAAUCAUUUUACUUAGCAAGUUCUGUAUCUAAAAAUAAGUAUCAAUAGCAGACAAUAAAAUGUUU